CCCAAUGGGAGCCAGAGUGGUGUUUGGAAGUCCUGGGAUAAUUACAUUCAACGUGUUAUUCUUUUUCACUUUAUACAUUAUUUAAAAGGAAGACAGUGAGGGUCAGACGGUGAAGGUGAAUGGCUAAGGAAGGAAAUAUCAAAGACAAGAAAACAAGGAUAGUGCUUAGUUCCCCUUCUCAGUGAUCAAAGACUUAUAGCAAGCAAAUUCACAGCAGUUGCUUCCUCUGUAGUAAGAACUCAAUCAAAUCUGUGAGACCAUAAAGCUUCACAAUAGUCAAUGCCAUAUGCUACUUUUAAUUGGACUGGCUUUAAAAGAGAGCUUGUGCUCUAAAUGAAGAAGAAAAAACAUGACCACAUUUCAGAGUCGUGCCCCUCAUUACUUAGCUUUACUCAAAUGAACGUAACCUUUGAUUAACAAAUACUUGGGGAAGAAAAAGGCCAGCUGUUAGCAGAUAUGAACGACAACGUGAGCUCCAGAAUCGACACCCCAACCAACAUCUCUCUGAGUCCUAGUGUCGCCAUCUCGGAGUCAUUGGAGUUCAAGACAGUGUCCGUGUUUCUGGUCCUGCUGGUGUGCAGCAUUGGCAUCGUGGGCAACAUUAUGGUGGUCCUCGUGGUAUUCACCACUCGCCACAUGAAGACACCAACCAACUGUUACCUAGUCAGCUUGGCUAUAGCCGACCUGACGGUGCUGGUGGCAGCGGGGCUGCCCAACGUGUUGGACAGUCUCAUAGGCACAUGGGUUUUUGGCCAUGCUGGCUGCCUGGGGAUCACCUACCUUCAGUACCUAGGCAUCAACGUUUCCUCUUGCUCCAUCACCGCCUUCACAGUGGAGAGGUACAUAGCCAUCUGCCAUCCAAUGAAGGCUCAGACAGUGUGUACAGUGUCCCGGGCCAAGCGGAUCAUUGCAGGGGUUUGGAUCUUCACCUGUAUCUACUGCAUGCUGUGGUUUUUCCUGGUGGACAUUCAGGUUAGCCAGGACGGACAUGUGCAGUGUGGCUACAAAGUGAAACGGGAGCUCUAUCUGCCCAUCUACCUCAUUGACUUUGCCAUUUUCUACGUCAUCCCGCUGCUCCUCGCCAUCGUGCUGUAUGGCCUGAUAGCACGGAUCCUCUACCUCAGCCCCCUGCCCAACCAUCCAGACACCAGCGCCACUACACUGCGUUGGAGCUGCCGGGAAGUGUCUGAAGGGAAAGGGGGUCGCCAGGGCCGGCCAAAGAGCACGCUCUCCUCCAGGAAACAGGUGACUAAGAUGCUGGCAGUAGUGGUGAUCCUAUUCGCUUUACUGUGGAUGCCCUACCGGACUUUAGUUUUGAUCAACUCUUUCGUAGCAACACCCUAUCUGGAUGCCUGGUUCCUCCUGUUUUGUCGGACAUGCAUCUAUGCUAACAGCGCUAUAAAUCCUGUGAUAUACAAUGUCAUGUCUCAGAAGUUUCGCUCAGCAUUCCGCGGGCUUUACCGUUGCCAGCGGCCAGAGAUAAAUCAGAGGACGCUGUCGGCGGUCCAGUCUGGCUUCAGCACUGUCCGAGACCCCCCAGCCUCACAGGCCAAUAACAAUGGAACCGAUGAAAAGGCAGGGAGAGCCAUCCUGAGUACUGCCACUGAUAUGACUACAAAGCAGAAUGGAAGCAGUCAUCAGGAGACAGCAACAGUUAAUGACAAGAACGCAGACCAUCCCAUCAACAUAAGCUCAGAUACUUUCAGCUUUGGUGUGGAUCCAACUGGUGAUGAGGAGAUGGAUUGGCCUACAAAUAAUACCACAGUGAAUUUUGGACACAGACAAACAACAAACGAUCAGCAAGAAAACGUGUAAAUAUGUCCGUAUCACCAUAUUGUAGGUGUGUGGUUGAAUAACUAUUCAACUGAGCUUUUUCUAUCCGGUGACAAAACAGCUGUGGAUUACUCAUGGGCAGAAACUACUUGACACAAGAGAAAAGAAACUUUUGACCAGCAUUUAUUUCAUGAUUCAAAAGCGGUAGCUUUUGCCUUGACUACUGAGGUCACAUAAAAAGAGAUGAAAGAGAUGAUGAGUAAACGGCAUAAUUCACACUGUGGUAUAGAAGCAUUUCUUUGGCCACAAAAUCUUAUCAAAAUUCCAUGUCAAAAUGUUAGUUUUAAAUGAAAGUUUUCUUUUUAACUCUAAUUAAUUUAUAAACUAUUAUUAUUCUACACUUUUACCCUCUAAAAAACUGGUUCUCAUAAUGAACCAAGACCAUAAAUGAAUUCCUAGAUUCUGUUUCACCUAGUGAUGUAAUGAAGUUCAGUUAUUUGGAUGUGACAUACUUUUGUGUAUGAAAAGGUCAGACAAGGAUCUUUUUAUAUUGCAUCACUGAUGAAAGCACUAAUUAUUUGACUGUGGUCAUGUUUUCUAAUAUGUCAUGCAUCCUCCAGUCAGCUGUUUUUAAAAAAAGUCAUAGUAACAGCUUUAAAAGAAACACGUGGUCUGUAUCUCUUGCACAACAGCAAGCACAAAAUCAAACAGACUUGAGCAAAGGAUCAAGACAAUUCAGUUUAGAUUUUGUAGUUCACAAAACAGUGUUAAAGGUCUGGGAGGGGUGGAAAUUGUGUGAUCCACUGUAUACACUGUAUAUUUGACAUUUAGUGAUCGGACACUGAAGUGCUCUGAGAAUCCUAUCCUGACAUUUUUGGUUUGGGACUUUAAAAUACAAAAUAUAGAUAAAAUAAAAUGUGCUUUAAAUAAUAUCAAAUUAUCAACAUAACCAUUACAUCUUUGACCUCUUGCUGGCGAAGAAAGAAAUAAAAGGCGAUUAGAUGUUAAUGCAUGGUCAGCUUUAACUGGUGUAGAAAGCAUGGAGACACUGACUGGUGUCUUGUUGUUUAUAUUGACACACCUGUGAUGUGUAAAUGCAGUAUUUACACAUAUUCUAAAAAAUAUUAAAUAUUGGCCAAUUAUGUAAUCUUAUGAGUGAGCCAGCCAGCUUAAAACAUACCAAAGACAUCUAAUAUGUGCAACUACAAAGUGAUACUAGGUCUAAGAUGGUGAGCUAUAGAAACCCUUCUCUGCCUGCAGUCCUCAAGAGUUCUACAUUAAUGUGUGCUCCUCUGCCACUGACCUUAGCUAGGUGCUAUACUGUAGCACUUAUUAUCAGUCAUUUGGUAAGGAUAAAAGCCUCAACUCAAGACAGAGGUUUAUUUGGAAGUACCUUUACAGAGAGGUGGUCAAUUACAUGUGCUGCACAUUAGGUUUUAAAGCUAUGAGCCAGAAACCAAUCCAUGAAAAAUACUUUUGUUGUCUAAAGCCUGCAUGCAUUAUACAGCAGAUAUCAUUUGAAAAGGUUGAAGUGGAUUUCAUCUCUGUUGGUCCAGCACAGAAAUCCAGCUCACGUGUAGCCUGUUUCAGCAGAUUUUCUUAGCUUAACAUGUCUCCCAUUCUAAAAUGGGCACGAGAGACACUGGGAGCGUCCUCUUUACAUUUAUACAUACAUUUCUAUACAUGUUAAAAAAGUAAUAUGUUACAGCAAUUGUUUUUGAAAAUAAAAAUUCGCAAAACCAGGUUAAACAUGUACGUUUAUGUACUGGACAUGGAUAAAAUAUCAAUCUUAGUGGCUAUUUUCUAAAAUGUUUACUGUUACUUGAAGUGUGUCAUAUUUAUUGUUAGUUGUAGUGACUUCUUUUAAUACACAGACGCUAUUUGUUUUUGUGAGAAAAGUUUUAAAACUACAAUCGUUGUUGUUUUGUAGCAGUAUUUUGUCGCGGAGUAUACCAGAUUCUGGGGAACUUGUAUAGAAGAAAAUAAUGGCCAUGAAUCUGAUUUAAACAGCUGAAUAUGUAAAUGUGAAAUUACUUUUAGCUCUGAAAUAUUUUUCUUUAUAUGAUAUAUAUUUUCUAAAUAAAGUGGUAUUGAGUAGUGAUUAAAUUUUACAGUGAAGUAUUCAGUUACUUAUAAAUUCAAAUCUAUGGCAAUUGUUUUCCUCCAUAAACCUGUCCCAUAAGUCAGCUCACCCUUUAACUGAUGAGAACACCAGUCAUCAUAUUUCCCAGCAGAUUCUCAUGCUAAUACCUUAGCACACACAUGUUAAUUGUAUACACUGUGUUGAGUGAUAUUAGCUCCCUGGUAUUAUCUUUAAUUCCUGCAAUUAAAGUGAGUGUAAAUAUUUUAGUUUAAGGAUAUAUUAGUUAAAGAAUAUUUUAAAAAUCUGGUUGGCAAACAUGCACUCUGAAGCUAUAAAAUAUAUUUCCAAGGGAAGAUUAAGGAAAAUUUAAAGAAUCUAACUUUACAUAUUAAAAGCUGGAAGAACAUACUGCAUCUAAAUAUGGCCCACAUGUAUUUGUUUUGAUCCUUUGUCUUUAAUUAUAGUGACUGCAAAUGAUUAUGUGAAGUGCUGUAAGUGAUGUGUAAGCUACAAUGGGACUGUUUUACUUGUUUGUAUUUCUAAAAUGCACUGCAUGCCUAUGUUGAUCCUGUUGGAUCUUGUUGGAUUUUUGACAUAAUUAGUACACAACAUUUAUUUGUGUUUGUAUGCUUCCAGAGAUUUCUUUGUUGCCACAGAGUAAGCAGAAUUUCCAGGAUAUUUUAGCUUUUUCAAAAAUGUGUAUGUAGCAGUGCUAAUGUUUAAUGAAAAUAAAUCAUGUAAAACAUUUGCAGCCUUAUUGAAGCUACAUUAAAUAAUUUUUGUGCCACUUAGGGGAAGCGUAACAACAUGUUACAUAUAUCAAAUCACAGCAUAUUAUCAUCCUGUAAAGUUUCUUAGCUGCUGUGAUGUGAUGUGAUGUGAUGUGAUGUGAUGUUUGCACCUAGUUGCUAACUUUUUCUGUCUGCCGUUGGGUUCUUUUGAAAGAGGAGUGCAGUUAGUAAACCGAAACAGUCUCAUUUGCUAUGUCAGAUACGUUUGUGCCCCCCUCCCAUUCAGACAGAUUUCCACCUGAAGUGGAUCCAACCGUUUAUCUAAUAGGGGGCAGUUUGAUACGAUGACUGACAGAGGAGCGUCAUGGGGUCCAGAUUUAAAAAGUCACAUGUUUCGCUGCUUUGAUUGGUUGUAGGUCUGGACCAGUCUGCAGGUCCGUCCAGUGCACAACACACGAGGCUCAUGUAACUCAAAUCAAACUGUCAAACUAGGCAGUGCUGAUCAAAUAUGAAUCAAGACAAUUUUUUGUGUACUGUUCAGCUUGAGGAGUCUGUUUUUCAAAUUUUUGUUCUGCUUGAAAACGGACCAAGCACUGCCCCAACUUGCAUGUUUCACUCAGCGCUAUGAUAACAUUUCAUUGCACUGAAUGGUUAUAGGUCUAUCCAAUUGCAUCCAUUGGUAUUUUGUUCUGCACCUGUUGAUAACGCCCCUUGGAAAUCAAAAAUGAACUUUUGCGAAUUAGUCUAGCGAUGCCAGGCUACAAAACAAUAUCAAAUAUGCCAAAUCGCUCCUUCAAUCAUUAUCAUCUGAUCCAUUACUGAAAGAAGAAAAAAUAGUGGAGCUUUAAAGUUCACAUUAGAAGGUUAGUAACUGCAUCUUCUCUCACAAAACUGUAUCAUUAUACUGAAGAGAUGACAGAUUGUUGCAUGGAACAUGGAAUUUCUUUGACAAGCUCUUCAUCUACAAACAUCUCUUGCUUGCCUCAACUCACAUCAGUUCCAUAAUAUGUCCAACCACUGUCCUUUGG